AUGUCGUCCUCUCCACGCAAGCCAGUAGCCGCAAGCCGCCGUCGCAGCUCGAGCGUGACCAGCGCACUCCGCCAGGUCCCUCUCAACGAGCACAAGCAGGACAAGAUGACUGGCGAGGUCCAGCCCCUCUUUGGGCCUCCGCGCCCACGUACCGCUGACGAUCUCCCGGCUCGCUACAACACGCUCGGCUUCUGGGAGGACAUUCGCACCGGUCGCUGGAUGCUCGUCCCGCUGUCGUCGUUCAUCUUGAUGGUCAUCCCUGUCAUCCUGUACUGGAACCAGUUCAUGCUCAUUGACCUCGGCAUGAUGGGCCCCUUCACCACCAACCCGUUUACGCCGUUCAUCUUCCCCUCGCACAAGCUCCCCAACGGCAAGUACGCAAUUGGCCUGGGUGACUUUGCGUUCAUCGCAUACCACAUCAUCUUCUGGUCGUUUGUCCGCCAGUUUAUGACCAUCCACGUCCUCCGUCCCAUUGCCAAGGCCCUCGGUAUCCGUGGUGGCAAGAUUAUGCGCUUCACCGAGCAGGGCUAUGCCCUCUUCUACUUUGGCAUGACUAGCAUUGCUGGCAUUUACGUCAUGCGCGACCUGCCCACAUGGUGGUACAAGACUGAGAACUUUUGGAUCGGCUACCCCCACGAGGAGAUGACCCUCGGCCUCAAGCUCUACUACCUCCUCCAGGCAGCUUACUGGUGCCAGCAGACCAUCAUCCUCGCGCUCAAGAUCGAGAAGCCCCGCAAGGACUUUACAGAGCUUGUGCUGCACCACAUCGUCACGCUGUGGCUCGUCGGAUGGAGCUACUUCCUUUCGCUCACCUACAUCGGUGUCGCCAUCUUCCUGACCAUGGACAUUUCGGACGUUUUCCUCGCGCUCGCCAAGUGCGUCAACUACGUGAGCGAGCCUGCCUCGAACCCCUUCUUCGCCGUCUUUGUCGGUGUGUGGAGCUACUUCCGCCACUACCUCAACCUGUGGAUCCUCUACUCGGUGUACACCGAGUUUGACCUCAUCCCCAACGUGUACGACUCGUUUGAGCCUUGGGCGGGCCGCUGGAUGGUUUGGUGGAUGAAGUGGCAGAUCUUUGUCCCCAUCUUCCUUCUCCAGCUCAUCAACUUGUUCUGGUAUUUCUUGAUCUGGCGUAUUCUCUUCCGCAUUGUGUUCCUCAAGGUCACCAAGGACGAGCGGUCCGACGACGAGGACGAGGACGACGUCGACGAGGACGCGCCCAAGCAGGUCGGACAGGCCGACAAGGCCCAGUAA